GCGAGCGCAGGAAACAAAGACGCCAUGUUCCAAAGGAUUCGAGAAUGGUUGUCACUGAAAAAUUACCAAUAUCAAGUAACUACUGGCAUCUACAUGCUGGAGCCUUGGGAGAGGACGAUUUUUAAUGCAACACUGGUGACAAUCCUAGGGAUGUCUGUAUAUUCUACAUAUGCUUAUUUACCAGCUUAUAUUUACAAUGUCCUUGCAUACUUUGGUUAUGUUGAAGAUUCCUAAUCUCUUGGCUCUUGGCUUCACCAUGAUAGCAGCAAGACUGUUCAAAGUAUUAUAAAAGUUUAUGCUCAAGAAGAGACUAAGAUUCAUUGCUGGUUUUACAUCAAGAUGAACACAACAAUAUACUAUGCAAUCGUGAAAGAAACUUAAGAA